CCCGCUGGAGCUGUGAGGAGUGCUAAUCUGCGCUGGCUCCGUGUCUGAGGGAUUUUUACCGCACUUAGCCCAAUUCUCCCGGGCUGUAUAAAUCACACGGGACCAGUCUACAGGAGCUCAGUUUCACCUGGACGCAGCGGGGUCACCUCAGCCUCGGGAGCAGCUGAACAUUUUACAGGCUUGGAGUUAAGUUGAGUUUUCCUCUGGGAGAAUUCACAAUAAAGAGCACGAUGCACACUAAACCCUUCAGCCUGCUGUGUGUGUGGCUGCUGGUCUUGGGAAAGGAGUUUGUUUCAGGCACUUUUCCUAAAGCCCAGAAUGUCUCCUGGUAUUCUUUGAACUUUAAGACCUUAUUAACUUGGGGUCCCAAGCCUGUAAACUAUUCAUACACUGUAGAAUUCUCCAAACAGAACGAAAACAGGGAGAGGAACCCUCUCUGUAUUCAGACCAGCGAUACCGAAUGUGAUCUAACUGCUGAUCUCAAAGAGCUGAAGGGUCGCUACAAUGCUGAUGUGCUGUCAGAACCAGUGCGGGGGUUAAACCCCCCUGACCUCAUUGAGCCCCCGCACACAACAUCUGCCUGGUUCAUUCCUUACCAAGACACCAUCAUCGGCAGCCCUGAAUUUAAGAUAACAGUGAACGAGGAUCAGCGGAAAAUAACCCUCUACGUAAAAGACACCCCAACAGCUGUUUUAAAUGAGCAGAAACAGAGAAUGACCAUUCGGGACAUCUUUAAAGAUGACCUGCAGUAUAAGGUCAUCUACAAGAAAGCCAAGAGCUCUGGAAAGAAAGAGAAGUUUAGUGCGAGCAGUGAGAUCGAGCUGACGGAUCUGGACAGAGGUGAAAGUUACUGCUUUAAUGUGCAGGCUUAUAUUCCCUCCCGCCCUAUCGACAAACAACUGGGCGAGCUCAGUCAUGUUCAGUGCUCUCCUAAGAGGGACAAGUCUAUCUUUGAAGAGUACAGCUUGGCAGUAAUUGCUGGAGCCAUCCUGAGCAUCAUCGUGAUAAUAUCAGUAGUGAUUGCUGUUAUAGUGUUAUGCUACAAGCGGCAGCAGAGAGCAAAGAGCAAAGCGAAGGAGCGAGUGCCUUUGAGGCAUGUGUGAGGAGUGAGUGUUUCACCUCCUUUUUGAAAACAGAGCAUCACACUCUUGGGAAUACAUGGGAAUACACGGUACAAGAGAACUGGACUCACCCUUUGAAAGCAUCCUCGUUUUAAUAUUUCAGUGUAAAACACUGGAAUUUCUUUAUUAUGUUUCUAUGAAACUAAACAAGGUAGAAAUACUGUUAUUUACAUUCUGUUAUCUAAUGCUGCGGAUUUUCUUAGCUGUUAUUUGUGAUUGGUUGGUACUUUCAAUUACUGGCUUUAUUUACUGUAUUUCAUAAGCACUACCUACCGUAUUUUUGUUGCAGUUGCUGGAGUUGAGAGUUUACUUCUUUUUUUAUUAAGAUGCUAGGGAUUACUUGGGGCUGCUGUGUAGUUUCGGGAGCUUUAUGGUUGGGAAAAACAGAAUAUGCUUCAUUUUUGGAUAACAGAUGUUUAUUUUGCCAAGGCACUAAUUUAUUUUUUUAGCUUUUAUAAAGAAAUAUCUGUAUAUUAGUUUUUAAAAUCGUAUUUAUGGUUCUACAGUUGUAUAGAAAUAGAUGUAUAAUUUUCAGUAAGAUAAAGACUGAAAUGGUAUGAUAAGAAACUGGACAGAAGAAUUACCCAUGACUAAUCAUGAUAACGAUACAGACAGUACAAAACAAAAUGACUUCAUUACUUUUUUAUACAUGUGAAUCUGUGGAAAUGGUACAAAAGUUGUCUGAUCGUUACUUUUUCAAAUAAAUUGUGUAUAUUCA